UUUCACUUCUGAUGUGACGCAGAUUAUUUUCUCCAUCUCAACCUGCAGCUGAAGAUCAAAGUGUGUGUGAGCUGAUGUGAGUUGAGCAGCAUGAAUCCAUGUGAGGACAGAGAGGAGGGAGUCCGUCCCUCUGAAGCCAGUCUGUGUGGGGGACAUGACGACCAGACCAAAGCUCAGAGGCCAGAGCAUCAGGACACAUCAGACUCUGCUGGACCUGGACCUGGACCUGAACCCAGCUGUGUGUCCUUUGGUAGUGAACAGUCAAUAGGUCGCCUCAUUCAUUUUAAACAACAACAUUUCUCUGACAGACAGAUCUCUGGGAGACCAGCCUCUGCUGAACUUGGACCUGACCCUGAACCAGGACCUGAACCCAGCUGUGUGUCCUUCAAGAGCGACCAGUCAAUAGAUCGCUUCUUUCAUUUUAAACAGCAACAUUUAUCUGACAGACAGAUCUAUGGGAGACCAGACUCUGCUCAACCUGGACCUGGACCUGAGCCCAGCUGUGUGUCCUUCAAGAGUGACCAGUCAAAUGGUCGCCUCAUUGACUUCAAACAACAACAUUUCUCUGACAGACAAGUCGACCAGGAGAGCUCAGAGGUUCCCAGUGGUCAGUCUGCCCAGCAGCAUCAGACUCACCUGGGCUCCAUAUUUAUGCUGCUGGAGGAGAACAUUGUCACUUUUGUGAAGAACGAGCUGAAGAAGAUCCAGAAGGUUCUGAGUUCAGAUUACCCAGAAUGCUUUGAGAGUCAGAGGGAGGAUGAGGAGGUGUUGGAUGAUGAGGAUGAAGAGCACAGGAGGAGCAGCAGAGUGGCAUUUCUGAAGAUCACACAGCACUUCCUGAGGAGAAUGAAGGAGGAGGAUCUGGCUGACCGUCUGCAGAGCAAACAUCUUGCUGCAGUUUGUCAGCAUCAACUUAAAUCCAACCUGAAGGAGAAGUUCCAGUGUGUGUUUGAGGGGAUUGCUAAAGCAGGAAACCGGACCCCUCUGAAUCAGAUCUUCACAGAGCUCUUCAUCACAGAGGGGGGUACUGGAGAGGUCAAUGAUGAACAUGAGGUCAGACAGAUUGAAACAGCAUCCAGGAAACCGGACAGACCAAAAACAACAAUCAGACAUGAAGACAUCUUCAAACCCUCACCUGAAAGAGAUGAACCAAUCAGAACAGUGAUGACGAAGGGCGUGGCUGGCAUUGGGAAAACAGUCUUAACACAGAAACUCACUCUGGACUGGGCUGAAGACAAAGCCAACCAGGACAUACAGUUCAUGUUUCCAUUUACCUUCAGAGAGCUGAACGUGCUGAAAGAGAAAAGGUUUAGUUUGGUGGAACUUGUUCAUCAAUUCUUUCCUGAAACCAAAGAAGCAGGAAUCUGCAGGUUUGAGGAGUUCCAGGUUGUGUUCAUCUUUGAUGGUCUGGAUGAGUGUCGACUUCCUCUGGACUUCAGCAACAAUGAGAUCCUGACUGAUGUUACAGAGUCCACCUCAGUGGAUGUGCUGCUGACAAACCUCAUCAGGAGGAAACUGCUUCCCUCUGCUCGCCUCUGGAUAACCACACGACCUGCAGCAGCCAAUCAGAUCCCUCCUGAGUGUGUUGACAUGGUGACAGAGGUCAGAGGGUUCACUGACCCACAGAAGGAGGAGUACUUCAGGAAGAGAUUCAGAGAUGAAGACCAGGCCAACAGAAUCAUCUCCCACAUCAAGACAUCACGAAGCCUCCACAUCAUGUGCCACAUCCCGGUCUUCUGCUGGAUCACUGCCACAGUUCUGGAGGAUGUGAUGAAGACCAGAGAGGGAGGAGAGCUGCCCAAGACCCUGACUCAGAUGUACAUCCACUUCCUGGUGGUUCAGUGUAAACUGAAGAAUGUCAAGUAUGAUGGAGGAGCUGAGUCAGAUCCACAGUGGACUCCAGAGAGCAGGAAGAUGAUUGGGUCUCUGGGAAAACUGUCUUUUGAGCAGCUGGAGAAAGGAAACCUGAUCUUCUAUGAAUCAGACCUGACAGAGUGUGACAUCGAUAUCAGAGCAGCCUCAGUGUACUCAGGAGUGUUCACACAGAUCUUUAAAGAGGAGAGUGGACUGUACCAGGACAAGGUGUUCUGCUUCGUCCAUCUGAGUGUUCAGGAGUUUCUGGCUGCUCUUCAUGUCCAUCUGUCCUUCAUCAUCCCUGCAGUCAAUCUGCUGUCAGAGGAACAAACAACCAACCAUGAAUCUGCAGAGACAUACUUCUACCAAAUAGCUGUGGACAAGGCCUUACAGAGUCCAAAUGGACACCUGGACUUGUUCCUCCGAUUCCUCCUGGGUCUUUCACUGCAGACCAAUCAGACUCUCCUACGAGGCCUGCUGACUGAAACAAGAAACAGCUCAAAAACCCAUCAGGCAAUGGCCGAGUACAUCAAGAAGAAGAUCGAGGAGGCUCCCUCUCCAGAGAAAAGCAUCAAUCUGUUUCACUGUCUGAAUGAACUGAACGAUCGUUCUCUGGUGAAUCAGAUCCAACAGUCCCUGAGUUCAGGAAGACUCUCCACAGAUGAACUGUCUCCUGCUCAGUGGUCAGCUCUGGUCUUCAUCUUACUGUCAUCAGAAAAAGAUCUGGAUGUGUUUGACCUGAAGAAAUUCUCAGGUUCAGAGGAGGCUCUUCUGAAGCUGCUGCCAGUGGUCAAAGCCUCCAACAAAGCUCUACUGAGCGGCUGUAACCUCUCAGAGAUAAGCUGUGAAGUUCUGUCUUCAGUUCUCAGCUCCCAGUCCUCCAGUCUGAGAGAGCUGGACCUGAGUAACAACACCCUGCAGGAUUCAGGAGUGAAGCUGCUGUCUGCUGGACUGCAGAGUUCACACUGUGAACUGGAAACUCUCAGACUGAGCGGCUGUAACCUCUCAGAGAGAAGCUGUGAAGGUCUGUCUUCAGUUCUGAGCUCCCAGUCCUCCAGUCUGAGAGAGCUGGACCUGAGUCACAACAACCUGCAGGAUUCAGGAGUGAUGCUGCUGUCUGCUGGACUGCAGAGUCCACACUGUGAACUGGAAUCUCUCAGGCUGUCAGGCUGUCUGAUCACAGAGGAAGGUUGUGCUUGUCUGGCCUCAGCUCUGAGUUUCAACCCCUCUCAUCUGAGAGAGCUGGACCUGAGCUACAAUCAUCCAGGAGACUCAGGAGUGAAGCUGCUGUCUGCUGGACUGGAGGAUCCACACUGGAGCCUGAAGACUCUCAGGGUGGAGCCUGCUGGAGUCCGAUGGUUGAGACCAGGUCUGAGAAAGUAUUCCUGUGAACUCACAAUCGACACAAACACAGUGAACAGAAACAUCAAACUGUCUGACAACAACAGGAAGGCGACACAUGUGGAGGAGCAUCAGUCAUAUCCUGAUCAUCCAGACAGGUUUGACUGGAGGCCUCAGCUGUUGUGUGGAACUGGUCUGACUGGUCGCUGUUACUGGGAGCUCGAGUGGAGAGGAGAGGUUGAUAUAUCUGUGAGUUACAGAAGAAUCAGAAGGAAAGGAAACAGUCAAGACUGUUUGUUUGGAUUGAAUGAUCAGUCCUGGAGUCUGUUCUGCUCUGAUGAUGGUUGUUACACUGUCAGUCACAAUAACAGAAUAACAUCCAUCAUCUCCUCAUCCUCCUCCUCCUCCUCUGUCUCUGACAGAGUAGGUGUGUUUGUGGACUAUCCUGCUGGCACUCUGUCGUUCUACAGAGUCUCCUCUGACACACUGAUCCACCUCCACACCUUCAACACCACAUUCACUGAACCUCUUUAUCCUGCCUUUGGGUUCUUGAUGUGGUCUGGGUCUGGUUCCUCAGUGUCUCUGUGUUCUCUGAAGGAUGAAGAAACUCCUCCAGUUAGAGAAACAUUCUCACUGCUGAACAGAUCAGUUGAGUCUGUGCAGGAUCACAGUCAUAGAAAUCUUUAAGUUUAUUAUCAUAAAUGAAUCAUUGAACUUAAAGAUGGAAGCUGUGAUCAUUAAAUUGUGGAAAUGCUGCAGAUUUCAGAAUUGUGGCUCUUGUUCCAAUAAUAGCUGAAUGUUACUGUGAGUGUGUUUAUUGUCUUUCUCAGGUCAGGACUCGAGGUCUACCGAUGUGGUUUUUUCAGGGCUAAAAAAUACGGUAUAACCAAUUAAAAAAACUCAUAAGAAGGCUUAAUAUCAUAGCCAAUAAUCAUCAAUCCAUGAUUCAUUAUUUCAGUCAAAACUUCAAAUCUUAUUGCAAAAUCAUACUUUUUCCCAGCUUUUAAACAACAUUUUUGAUUUGGAAAAUUAAAUGUCAGCUGUCAUGAUUCCUGACAAGAAACUUACCUCAUGCAUAAUUACAACAUCCAGUUUUCAGUUUUCAUUCAUUCAUUCACACGGGGUGCAAUGAGAAUUGAAGAAUUUACGUGGCGCACCUGAAGGCAACGCGCCCGACGGCGCUGCACGUCGCCGCUAGGGGGCGCGCUGACAUGAUGGAGUCAUGACGUGCACAAACUAGAGAUGGGAUUUAUGGCUCUUUGAGGGGAGCCGGAUCUUGGUGAGCCGUUCCUUUCAAAGAGCCGUUAAAAAAACUGGCUCAUUUGGCUCAUUUUUAUAUUUAUUAAGUUUUAAGAAGGCAGU